GAGGGCGGGGAACGCGUUUUCCCUGCUUCCUUUGCAGCAUCCUUCUGCAGCCUCUCCGGUGUCAAAGACUGUCAAGAAAUAGAGAAUACAAAAGGGAGGGGUGGUCCUCAGAGGACGUCGGAGGAAGCGUGCGGGACCCCACGAAGGCUGCCGGGACAUGCUUACGUCGGCGUAGGACUGUGAGAAAAUGGCUGCUUUUCAAUGUAAACAGGCCGUGCGGGAUCCGCAUUGCUAAAGGGAGGAGGGGCGGACAUUGACUUCAAUGUCGCCUCUCCCAAUGACAAUACAAGCAUGUUAUACUCUCCAGCUGGUCUUCAAGAUCACAUGGCCAAGGCGUCAUCAUUUCUAGCAUGAAGACAACUCCAUCAGCAAUGAGACAACACGCACAAGAUAUAUAAAUCAAUACACAGCAUUCAGUUGAAAUAGCUGACCAUGGCCCUACUCGAAACCGAAAUGACAUUCCUACCCUCAACGGCCACCCAAGCCCCCCUAACGGCCUCCUCGAGCACGAUGAGGGACAACGUCACGUCCAGGAUGACGCUCGAGACUGUUUCGGUCCCGGCCAACGAGAGCAGCUUCAACAGCACCAGCGUUACAUUCCCGGAAGCGGUGAUAGAGGGCUCGGGGAUGGGAAUGGUGCUCCUGCCCUUUGGCAUCAUCACCCUCAUCGGCCUGGUGCUGGCUUUAAUGCUGUACAUCCGGAAAAGGAAGCGUUUGGAGAAGUUGAGGCACCAGCUCAUGCCCAUGUACAACUUUGACCCGGCCGAAGAACAAGAUGACCUGCUGGAACAGGAACUACUUGACCAUGGCCGAGAUGGCACACUUGCCGGUCCUAAUGCCAAGUUUUGACAAAGGCAUGAUGAUAAAAGAACAUGACUCUCCGAACCUCGCAGGGGAGCACCCAGAGACCCAGUCGCCUGGUCUUCACAGAUGUAGCCAAAGCUCUUAAUGCCUAACGAAAGCUCUUCCAUUCCACGUAUCAUUUAGUGGACUACCUUUUUGAUCAUCUACAGGGUGGGACAAUGAAAGAUGAUGAAAAAAAAAGGGACUUUGUUUUGGUGACCAGAUGGUGCUUCAAAUUUAUAGAUUUGAAAUGAUUUUGUAGGAGAACAAGUGCAUGGAAUGCAACAGCAUCACUUUCACUGUCUUGCAUCAACCGCUACACAAAUGUGAUUACUUUGUGGAAUUAUUGUCGCCACGUUUCUAUUCUUCUCACCCUCAUCGUAAUCUUGUGUGUAACACUGGAUGUUAUCGCCAACCUUUUUGUGUCUUCCUCCUUGCUGAGCAACUAACGACUUGUUCAAGACAUUAAAACUGUUCCUUUCAAAAAUUCUCUAAAA